AUGAAGCCCACGUCACUUUUCUCACUCGCCCUCGUGGCCACCACCCAGCUCCUCGGAGUCUACGCUGCCAGCAAAACCAGCGGAACCGACUCUGCCCCGAGCCAGACGCCUUCGACAACUCCCAUUGUCGGCCAACUAACAUCUCAUGGCUGCUACAAGUCCGGAGGCAACCUGACUCAGGCCGCGGGUGUCAAGUUCGUGUCCUCAGGUAGUUGCGGGAAGUACUGCACUGGCAAGGGAUAUUACGUGAUGGGACUUCACGCCGCAGCCUGCUACUGUGGCAUGGUUUAUCCUCCUCUGGACGAUGUGACCGACGACAGCAAGUGUGAUUAUCCCUGCCCUGGCUACGACCCCGAAGCCUGCGGUAGUCUUAAGAAUGGCGUCUUCUCCGUCUUCAACACCGGAGUCGAGGUCGCUGCGGAGGACAUGGAGCCAGAGAGCUCAUCAUCAACAACCGCCGCUGCCUCUUCCACUAAAGAAUCAACGAAAUCUACUGCCGCGGAGACCGCUGUUGCAACGUCCGAACCUGCUGCCGCGAGUUCAACUGGCAGCAGUUCCGAUGGAGAUAAAAAGAAGAGCACUAAUACCGCUGCCAUCGCUGCAGGUUCUGUCGUUGGCGUCAUUGCUGUCGCCGGUAUUAUUGGUGUAGCCGUCUUCUUUGUUCGCCGCCGUCGGAACGCCGAGAUUGAGGAGGAGCACCGCCGCAACGCUGCUGUCAACGCCUUCAUCAACGGCUCCAAGCCCCCUGGCAGCAGUGGUAGCAUUUCCAUGACUGACUCUCGCCUGGACCCCGUCAUGGCCCACCGAAGACUCAGUGACGGCAGCAUUGCUGAUGACCAAGACUACUCCCGGAGGAUUCUCAGGGUCACCAACGCAUGA